GUUGCAUGCAGUUUCUCGCGAUUUGUUUACCGAAAGCUGUUGAACAAAAAUAAAGUUUUGCGACGUUAAAAUGGCUGAUGACGAGAAUGAAGAUCAAAAAGAAUACCGUUGGGAAACGGGCUAUGAGAAAACAUGGGAAGCCAUAAAGGAGGACGACGAUGGCCUGCUCGAUAGCGCCAUAGCUGAGAUUAUACAAAAGGCUAAGCGCAAACGGCAGGUGCAAAAGGCUAAGCAAAAUCGGCUGGGCAUGAUGCGACAUCUUUUUGUGGUGAUUGACUGCUCAGAAUCGAUGAGCGUGCCUGAUCUGAAGCCCACGCGGUUGCUGUGUACUCUUAAGCUCUUGGAGAUUUUCAUUGAGGAAUUUUUUGAUCAGAAUCCCAUCAGCCAGUUAGGGAUUAUUGCGCUGAAGGCUAAACGGGCGGAGAAAAUAACUGAGCUGACAGGAACAGCGCGUGUUCAUUUGAAGGCACUGGAGGGUCUCGCAAAUGUCACAUUAACCAGUGAGCCAUCACUUCAGAAUGGCUUAGACAUGGCACUGAAAACACUCAAAGUAGUACCAUCCCAUGCAUCGCGUGAAAUUGUCGUCAUCAUGGGUUCGUUGACCACAUGUGAUCCCGUCGACAUAAAUCUGACUAUUGAUGAACUGGUAAAGGAGGGCAUACGUUGCUCUGUCAUCUCGCUGUCGGCUGAAAUACACGUUUGCCGCUACCUGACCCAGAAGACUCUUGGCACUUACGGCGCUGUGCUGGACGACGCGCACUUUCGGGAUCAGCUGCUCUCGCAGGUAGAUCCACCGCCAGCUGCCAAAACGCAACAUAACUCACUCAUUCGUAUGGGUUUUCCACACAGUAAAGACGAGGUGGAGGGCAAGGAUGCACCACUUUCUAUGUGCAUGUGUCACGUUGAUAACUUGGACGAGCCCAGUGAGCUCUGCACCACUGGUCAUCAUUGUCCGCAGUGCAAAAGCAAGUAUUGUGAGCUGCCCGUCGAGUGCCAAUCUUGUGGCUUGACUCUGGUCUCAGCGCCGCAUCUGGCUCGUUCUUAUCACCAUCUGUUUCCGGUGCCCAACUAUGAGGAGCUGUCCAUGGAAUCGGUACCGCAACUUUCUGAAUGUGACGGCAUUCGCAAGUGUUAUGGUUGUCAGAAAGUAUUGAGCGCUCCCCAUGACAAAAUGGUGUUUAAAUGCAGUCACUGCAAGCAGUUCUAUUGCAUCGAUUGUGAUAUUUUCAUACAUGAAACACUGCAUGCCUGUGUAGGCUGCAACACUAUACCGGGAGUUGCUGGCUUGAUUUACCAGCAACAGCAACAAGGCGGCAAGACAAUCGCUGCUGAAACACACGACAUGCUCCCGAGCACCUCCAAGCAGCAACGCCAGUUUAGCAUGUAAUAUGAACAAGCGCUUAAACGCUUUUAGUUUAAGUCACAAUAGUCAGAGCAUUGUUGAGCAUGCUUGGCAUUGCCACGCGACCUUAAUCUUCUCAAAAUCAUUGGCUAAUCGUUGCAGUUCAAUGUGCAGCAUAAUAAUCAUAAAAUAUCACCACAAAGUUAAUGUGUACGUUAAA